AUGAAUACUAAUACAGACGAUCAAGCUUAUUAUACACAUGGGUAUGAUAACUAUGUAUCUAAGACACAUGAGUGGAGAACGGCUAGAAAUUGUUCGGCCUACAUGCUCUCAAAAAUCAAACCGACUGACAAGAUUUUAGAUGUUGGGUGUGGACCAGGAACUAUUACGUAUGACUUGGGUAAAUACGUUCCUCAAGGAAGUGUCAUAGGAGUAGAACCUACAGAAGAAAUACUUGAAGAUGCUAGAUCCAGGGGUGUGGAUAGCGGAAUACAGAAUGUCGAAUUCGAAUUAGCAUCCGUGUACAAGUUACCGUAUGAGGAUAAUACAUUUGAUAUUAUUCAUUCACACCAAGUGAUUAUCCAUUUGAAGGAUAGGGUAGCCGCAUUGAAGGAGAUGAAGAGAGUAACGAAGCCUAAUGGAUAUGUCUGCUGUAGAGAUGGAGAUAUGGAUUCAAUGAUAGUUUAUCCCACCAAAUACAACAAGGUUCGAGAAUAUUUUACUAGCAUAGGUUUGAGUGGAUAUACAAUUACUACAUGUGGUAGACAAUUACGAGAGUUAGCUUUAGAGGCUGGAUUCAAUCCUGAAAAUAUAAGUUCAACAGCUUCUAAUUGGUGUAUUUCAAACAAUGGUACGAGAGAAUGGUUUACCAAUAUGUAUAUCGAAAGAUUGGAAAACACCAAGCAUUGGGUAGGUAAUACUGGUACCCUGAAGAGUGAGAUCGUUACGUCUAUGAAAGAAUGGAGCUCCGAUGAAAAAGGAUGGCUAGCUAUGGUACAUGGCGAAAUUGUUUGUCAGAAACAAUAA